AUGCCUGCUAAUCCGCCGAAACGACCAGGGCAGCCGAAACUGCGAACCAGCUGCGAUCAAUGUGGUGCGACCAAGGUGAAAUGCGACCGAGGCCAGCCCGAGUGCGGACGCUGUGUCUCUUAUGGCAGGACAUGCGUCUAUGGGGUUUCACGGAAAAUGGGGAAGCCGCCGCGAGUGAAACUUCGAUCCAGCUUAAGUCGGACCCCGGGCGAUCAAGCCGGAGCUGGUGCCGGCGUUGCAGAUGUGCGCCAGCUCGACAGCAGCAGUUCCAGCGAUGCCUGGGAUGCGAUAGAUGAGAACACCAACUGCAUAGGCCUGGAUGCAUUGGACAGCUUGUUCAACGACCUGAACGAGCAAUUUCUGCCUACUUCCCCUUCUCUCAAUCUUGGUAAAUGGGCCUUGACAGAUCACUUCAACAACCACUUAUCCCCUAAUAUGCAUCCCGGGCCAUUUCCAACCCCGGAGUCGACUGACUGGGGGAGUUAUCCAUCAACCGAGGCGUUCACGGCCCAGCCCACCGCACAUCAAUCCCCAUCCGACACGAAUUCACACUCUGGCAGAACCGCAAUGCCGUCUGCAGGCAUCAGCGGCCACGACUGCCCUCGGGAGGCAUACGAUAUCCUACGACACCUGUCUUUCCCCAAUCUUAACAACAUUCACUCUACCUCAUCACCAGGAACAACACCAGCCUCGGCGACAAGCAGUGUUGGUAAUCAAGUACCCUUGGACCACGUGCUACGCCUCAGCUCCGAGGCCAGCGAGCGGCUCGGUCCUCUUCUGACCUGCUCCUGUGCUCGAUCGCCGCAUCUUGCGUUUCUCUAUGCAUCAAUCAUAUCCCGGGUCCUACUAUGGUACCAGCAAGCUGCUGGCUACACACAUGGCGCCUCAUGGAGUCAUGUCCGGCCAGACUGCUCGCUUGGUAUGGGUGGCGCAGAAGAUACAGCUACAACCGCUCCGUACACGACGGGGCUGGCUGUUGCGCCUGCCAAGAUGGCUAUAGGGAGUUUCAACGUGGACGACCCACGUAUCCAGACGGCAUUGAAGAUCCAGUUAUUAUCCGGCGAGAUGGGAAGGGCCGGCCGCCUGAUUGAUCAAUUUACGUCACUCAACUCGGGCGGCCAGUGUCAGACGGAUGAAUCCAAUUUUGGCAGCGUUGAUAGACUGUAUCAAAGUUUACACCUCUGGCUAAGGGGCGAGCAUUCAAGGAUAGCCAAUUUGAUGAGGUUAAAAUUGAGGGAGCUCAACACAUGA